AUGCGGGCCAAGAUGCAGCUCCUCGUCGGGUGCAAUGGGAGGAUUUUCGUGGCUCUCUGUAUAAUCCUCUUUGUGGGAUACACGGCACAAGGGGCGCCGCUGCAGAAGGCGAGAUACAAGCGCGUGAGGUGCCGGCCGGACGCCUGGUCUGCCAACUGCAUCGAGGAGAAAGGGCCCUGGUUUUACAUGCCCCAAGGUGGAGCAAACCGCAUCCUGCCUCCCAUGGCUGAUCCCUCUCUGAUGAAGGACUACCAGGAGCUGGCCCGUAUAUUUCCACUUUCAGAAGAGGACUCCAGCUCUGGGUUCGAGGACGUGGCUGAAGCGGAGCAGGAGUCUGGGUCAGGGGCUGACGCUGGCAGUGAUUUUCCCAGCAUGAAGUUCCACGACUUCUUGGUGGGCCAGCAGAAAAGGAAGCUAAAGCAGAAGCUCACAGAGGAGAAUUUGAUUCUGUAGGGGAGGAAACUUGGCCCUUAUCAAAAAGAUUGUGACCUUUCUCAUCUCCGGCACAUCUUCUCUGGUGUGUGACCAAAAGCGAUUACUCUCAGGACAAAACGGUUUUCUAUGAGUUCUAAACCAAUAAAAGC